AUGCAACGGCGUAUUCCUCCACCGACUUCAGCUCAGGUCAAGCGGGCGAAAGCGAAGAUGCAAGAUGCCAUGAACAGAUCUACGAAAGAGUAUGAACUCGAGAUCUCGGGACACGCAGUCGUGUUACUUUCCCGUACCUUUGCUUCUCUCCGUAGUUAUCAGACGCCCGUCAUUCUGGAUAUAUCGGACUUUGAGGUACCGCGAUGGGAUCCAGUGACUUUGUUCCUCGACAAGUACAAUCAUUUUCAUGGAGAGCCGGAGCUUUGUUUCAAAUCAACCAUGGAGCCUUGCCUUCAAGCAAUCUUCAACACCAAGAUGCAAUUUACCGAGCUUGAACUGACAGUUGAUGCUCUGUCAAUUGACCCGGAUGAGCGAGGGUACGAUACAGCGAACAUGCGAUCAGAAGACCUUGAGCUUUUGUCUAGUCUCAAAUCUGUAUCUCUCGACUUUAACAACACUUUCAAUGAUGCGGGCACUCAUUCUACCAAGCAUAUACUAUCUUAUGCGCAUUCGCUCGAAGACUUGACGUACAGACAGGGAUGUGACGACCUUGACCGCGACGACUGGCUCACACCAGAACAACAACCACAGCUCUUGACCAACCGGCAAUUUGAACGUGCCGACAUUGUUCUGGGAUCCGUAAAUUCAGAUGGACUGAAGUCACUUUGGCUGGAAUACACGCCAAUAUCGUACCAUGUCCUCGCUCAGCUAUUGGGAAAGCACGCAGAUACUUUGACUAGUAUACGCGUUGCCCACACCUGUAUACGCGACGGCACUUGGGCUGAGCUUUUCUCGUUGGUACAGAAGAGCUGUCGGUUCGUGACCAAUCUUGAUACCAUAAAUUUGAGCCAAGCCAGACCGGAUAUGAGGGACGGCGACUAUCGUCCUCUGCUGUUACCCGAUGAGUGGACGCUCGGAUCAAGUGAUGGACGCACAGGAGUGAACGAAGUUCUGGCUAAGCUCGUUCUGGCUCCGUCACUAGAGGUCUUGGACAUUACGGAUAGACGAGCGCGAGCACAGAAUAUCGACGUCGACAUAUCAGAACUGGCUCCAUGA